GUACACACCGUGUUCAUUUUGAUUCUAAGUGUUCAGUUAUUUGCAUUAUAAAAUCCAGUGACACUGACAUCUCAAUUAAAAUAGGACAAAAUCCAACCCAAUGUUAUGAAGACCAAAGCAUUAAGAACCAUUAUGAGGGGAAAAAUAGAUUCAUAGUUUGGUUGCCAUGUAUUUUUAAAGCUUUUAUAAAUAUACAAUUCAUAAUGCUUGUAAGGAAAUUUUGAGGCACAAUUCGUUUGCUAUACAUGAAAAGAUCAUUUUGAUGAAUAAUUACAUUUAUGGUAUUAAUGUUACUUUACUGUCCAGUAAUGAUCCUAACAAAAUUUGUCCUGGUGAUUGAGUUUUGGGAAGGGUGUCCUAUAUUUCACGCACCGAAAUGGAAUACAAUUCAUGGAGAAGCUGGUUGGUGCCAUUAUUCUGUGGUACUGUGAGAAUAGCUAAUAUCGCUGACUGAAAACGACUAUAUUUGGUGUAAAAACAAACCAACAUGCUACUUAACUUCUUAACCUAAUAGACCACAGUCAGGUUAGACAUCACACUGAAUUUGAUAUGAAUUAAAAUAGUUUGAAGCAACAUUGUGCUCUAUGGGUACUUUGUGGCAAGACACAAUGGGUAGCUUGUCGCAUGUAACACAUUAUGUGUAUAAUUGUUCAGCCAAACUGAUAUGUGCCAAUCCAAAUUUGCCCAUGUACUAAAGCACUGAAUCUUUGAGAAGCCAAUUGCACUUCUUAUUUCCCCAGGUGUUCACCAUGUUCACCAGUUUUGUGGAUGGAAUAUUCUGUUGCUUUACAGGGAAGUCUACUAACGUUGUGGUACCUCUCGAGUCCUCUGAGCCCACCGAUGGUUUUGAAUUUGUUGAGGUAAAGCCAGGAAGGGUUCUGAGAGUUCGACAUAUUAUCCCAGACAGACCAGUGGUUGAGGAGCCAGGGACUGGGGAAGGGGGUACGGUCAGCUGCAAGCGCAAAAUCUGGGUGUACCGAAACGGACAGCUUCUGAUUGAGAAUGUCAGUGAGGCCACCCAUCCAGAGCUGGUCCGCUAUCAGAAUGGAGACAACACUGUGGAUACUGAUGUUUCCAACUGUGAGGCACCCACAGCAGGCCAGGCAGCUGAACCCACACUGGGGUCGGCAGCUCCAGGGCAGGCUACAGAUACCAAACCUGCACCCCAGCAGGACCUGCAGCAAGUGCAGCGCAGACGACGCAAACCCAAACGCUCCAUUGUGAUUGACUGUGAGCGGAAGAUCACAUGCUGCAAAGGUACCCACCCUGACGUGGCCUUGUUUUUCAUACAUGGAGUCGGGGGGUCGCUGGAUAUCUGGGGAAGCCAACUGGACUAUUUCUCCCAACUUGGUUAUGAGGUCAUUGCCCCGGACCUGGCUGGCCAUGGUGCAAGUUCAUCUCCACAGAUUCCCGCUGCCUAUACCUUUUAUGCUCUGGCUGAGGAUAUUAGAAUCAUCUUCAAGCGAUAUGCAAAGAGGAGGAAUAUUUUAGUAGGACACUCUUAUGGUGUCUCAUUUUGUACCUUCCUGGCUCAUGAGUAUCCGGAACAAGUUCAUAAAGUUGUGAUGAUUAACGGUGGAGGUCCCACAGCACUCGAGCCAAGUCUCUGCUCUGUCUUCAAUUUGCCCACGUGUGUCCUUAAUUUCCUGUCCCCGUGCCUCACCUGGAGUUUUCUCAUGGCUGGAUUUGCCCAUCAGGGAACGAGAGAAAAGAAACUACUAAAAGAGAACAAUGCCUUCAACGUGUCUUCCUUUGUUCUGCAAUCCAUGAUGAGUGGACAGUACUGGCCGGAGGGCGACGAGGUUUACCAUGCUGAAAUCACAGUGCCUGUUCUGCUGGUUCACGGCAUGUACGACAAGUUUGUACCGGUACAAGAGGACCAACGUAUGGCAGAGAUCCUCUUGCUGGGGUUCCUGAAGAUCAUUGAUGACGGAAGCCACAUGGUCAUGAUGGAGUGCCCUGAUGUGGUUAAUACUCUCUUACAUGAAUUCUUCCUGUGGCAGCCAGCAACUGCCUCAAAACCUAAACAGGAAUCAGCCCCCACAAAGACUACCACCACCAAACCUCCAGAGGACACAACGAGACCAAAAACAGCCCCCAAGUUACCAUCCACUUCUCAGCCAGACUUAACAAGACCAACAACUGCACUAAAAAGCAUCACUACUGGUACAGACGCUCCAGUGGACAUCAGAUAUAAGGGCGUGAAAUAACUGGUCUACCAAUGAACAAGUGAUGGUAUAAGAUGUUAAAUUUGGACUCGUAACCCAAAUGUUGCGAGUUCGAGUAUUGGGUCAGCAGGAAUUGUAGGUGGGGGGAGUGAAUGUACAGCGCUAUGUCCACCUUCAAUACCACGAGUGCCCUUGAGCAAGGCACUGAACCCCCAGCAUAAAUGGCUGCCCACUGCAGUGUGUGUGCACUUUGGAUGGGUUAAAUGCAGAGCACGACUU